AUGGGUGCCAGCCCCGGGGCCAUAUUGUGUGCCAGCAACCGGCCCCAUAUUGGUGCCAGCCCCGGACCAUAUUGGUGCCAGCCCCCGGGGCCAUAUUGGUUGCCAGCCCCGGGCCAUAUUGGUACCAACCCCGGGGCCAUAUUGGUGCCAGCCCCCGGGGGCCAUAUUGGUGCCAACCCCCGGGGGCCAUAUUGGUGCCAGCCCCGGGGGCCAUAUUGGUGCCAGCCCCCGGGUCAUAUUGGUGCCAGCCCCGGGCCAUAUUGGUACCAACCCCCGGGGCCAUAUUGGUGCCAGCCCCCCGGGGGCCAUAUUGGUGCCAGCCCCGGGGGCCAUAUUGGUGCCAGCCCCCGGGCCAUAUUGGUGCCAGCCCCGGGCCAUAUUGGUACCAACCCCCGGGGCGAUAUUGGUGCCAGCCCCCGGGGGCCAUAUUGGUGCCAACCCCCGGGGGCCAUAUUGGUGCCAGCCCCGGACCAUAUUGGUGCCAGCCCCCGGGGGCCAUAUUGGUGCCAGCCCCCGGGGGCCAUAUUGGUGCCAGCCCCGGGCCAUAUUGGUGUCAGCCCCGGGCCAUAUUGGUGCCAACCCCCGGGGGCCAUAUUGGUACCAACCCCCGGGGGCCAUAUUGGUGCCAGCCCAAGUAGUGACCACACUCCCAACACACGCUUCGCUCAAAAGCUUGGCAGUAUUGAUCUAGUGUGUUAA